AUGGGCUCCUUGAAGCGGCACGCGAUUUCAUCACAUGGCAUUGUUCUAGAAAGUGCAUUCAUGGAUAAUCCAGAGGACAAAGAUUUUGAGGCUCCAGUCGAGUCUAAUUCGGAUACAGAUAGUGGUAGCAGCAGCAGUAAUGAUUCUACGACUAAAGCGCUGCGCGGGCGUAAACGAUGUCCGGGUAAACUGAAGCGUAGGUCCCGUCCAGCAACUGCUCGGUUUUCAACUCUACACCAGACAACGGUCUCUUCAACUCCGCUUACUGGAGAGUCUGCUACUGUUGCUGCUGCUGCUUUCCCACACGUGAGACGCCGCCGAGGUCGUCCGAGACGGUCUAGCGCUCGGGUGAUAAAGUCAUUAGAUAAUCAUGCUGAUUUACUGCAAAUCGAUCCAAUAGCCAUUUCAAAUCAGCUCCAAGAAACCCAACUGAGUGGGUUUCAAGGUGAAACACGCUAUCGAACAAUCCUUCCUCGUCCACCUGGUGGACCACUCGGUGAUUUGGCAGCCUCUCGACCAAUCGUAGUUGAUCGAAACCAACGUCGACGUCUACGACGUUCCAAGAAAUUAUUACAAAAGCCGGGUACUUUGGCCCCUCUGCUUUCCGAAAACUCUAACCCCAAUCGCUUGCCAAUUGGCACUGCUUUGACAUUGAAUACUCAAUCUCAAAUAAAUCAGACCGCUUACCUGGAUACUUUCGGUAUACCUGCGGAAUCUUAUUUGACCUUGGAUACAUCUGCCUAUAGCACCGGAGCGUGUGCAUUGGAUUUUACCGUCGCGGAUGAUUCCGGUCAGUCAAAUCGGAAACCUCCUCAUGUACUCACAGUAGCUGCGGCUUAUGCAUCGCAGUUGCCUCCUGGUUCAAUUCCUGCCGCAUCGGUUGAAGAAUGUGAGGCGCUUUUGAAGAGCCAAUCGACAGUUGAAGGCAAAACAUCAGGUUUAACGGAAUCAUCUACACCGGUGCACACUGCUCCCAUGAUACCCAGCAUCCAGAUUUAUCCCUCAACUUGGAUGGAGGGCCAGCAGCAGGCUGUGGCAACCGGUAUAGUUGCAUCAGGAGACAUGUCUGGAGUAGAUGGCACUGUCUCACAAUCCGUUUAUGAGGUUUCAACUCGCCAAAACGCUGCCGUCUCAAUCCCUGUGGCUCAACCUCUACAUUUAUUUCCUGUAUUCGGGCCGGAUGGGAUGACUGUUAUGUACUACAUGGCUGCACCAGUCGAUAUCGUACAGUCACCAACAUCAAGCGUUACUGCGAAGGCAGAGACAACAAGUGACUCCACAAAUCGCCUUGUCUCUUGUUCAACGGAAUCUGGUGUCCCUGGUAAGAGUUGCUUUGUUUGGGUCGAAUAUGUUCGUCUUUUGUAUGUCCAACUUCUCAUUUUGUCAAUGGCAACUUGA